GUGGUCAACCAAAAAAGAAUUCAAAUACGAAAAUUUAAUACAAGAAACAACAAUCAAAAAUGUUGAUAGUUUUAUUGAUUUUAUUACCAAUUUUGUGGUUUGUUUACACGGAUAGAAAAUAUUCCAAAAUGCGAAAAGAAAUUGCCCAUACGCAGGGUCCCAAGACAUUGCCGUUGAUUGGAAAUGUGCAUCAAUUGGCGAAAACACCAAAUGCUGUGGUCCACUUCAUGUUCGAUAAUUGGUAUAAAUAUGGCCAAGGAAAUUAUCGCGUUUGGGUUGGCUACUAUUUACACAUGAUGAUCGGUGAUCCUAAAGAUGUAGAGUUCAUACUAUCCAGCAAUACUUUAAUUGCCAAAUCCAAGGUAUACGAUAUGCUACAUCCCUGGCUGGGUGAUGGUCUGCUAACCAGCAAAGGUUCCAAAUGGCAUAAACAUCGCAAAAUUAUAACACCCUCAUUUCAUUUUAAAAUUCUUCAAGACUUUCAUGAUGUCAUGAACAGUAAUUCGACUAAGUUCAUCGAUAAAUUGAUGGCAGCUUCGAAAGAUGGGAAGAUAUUUGAUUUUCAACAUUAUGUGAAUCAUUUGACUUUGGAUGUUAUAUGUGAAACUGCCAUGGGCAUUUCCAUAAAUGCCUUGGAUAAUCCCAAUUCGGAAUUUGCCAAAGCUGUAGAAUUCAUGUGUGGAAAUAUAAACAUGCGCGCUCUAAACCCUUUGAAGCGUAAAAUUGCCACUUACCAAUUCUUUCCGGAUUACAAGGACUAUUGCAAGGCUUUGGCUGUAUUAAAGGAUUUCACAUAUGGGGUUAUAGAGCGCAGAAUAGAGCUUCUUAAUAGGAAGCGGACACAAAAAUCCAAUGCCGAGCCCGAAGAUGAAUUUACAAAACGAAAAAUGGCAUUUUUGGAUACAUUGCUCUCGACCAGCAAAGAUGGCAGCCCUUUUAGCACUCAAGAACUUUAUGAAGAAGUCUCUACAUUUAUAUUUGAGGGUCAUGAUACCACUUCCUCUGCUAUAUCAUUUGCAGUAUUUCUGCUAUCGCGUCACUUGGGCAUACAGAAGAAAGUCUAUGAGGAACAGCAGCGUAUAAUGGGUGAUGAUUUGAAGCGUAGUGCCACAUUUCAGGAGAUAAGUGAAAUGAAAUAUUUGGAUAUGGUGGUAAAGGAGGCUUUGAGACUGUUUCCCACAGUGCCCGUGGUGGGCAGGCAUACAGAAAAGGAAUAUAAUAUGAAUGGCAAAAUUAUACCCGAGGACACCUCACUAAACAUCUUCCUUUUGUCCUUGGGCUAUAAUGAGAAAGUUUUUCCCGACCCCUAUCGUUUUGAUCCCGAAAGAUUUGAUCCCUCAAACAACGGCGAGGUGCACAAACCUUUCGAAUAUGUACCCUUUAGUGCGGGACCUCGUAACUGUAUUGGCCAGAAAUUUGCUUUGCUGGAAGUUAAGACUGUGAUAUCGAAAGUAGUGCGCUAUUUUGAAAUUUUACCCGCUCUGGAUGAACUGGAGUCUAAGGAUGGUUAUGUUUGCACAUAUUUUGGACCAUACAGACACCAAAAGCCUCCUUUGCAUGAAUAUGAUCCCAAAGUGGCUGCAAUGUUGACAUUAAAAUCAGAUAAUGGUAUUCUAUUGAGAUUAAAACAAAGGCAAUAG